AUGAUUAAAUUUACUUUCUUUGCGAUACUAAUCAGCACGUCUAUGUCUGUGCAUGCAUCACAAAUUCCAAAUGAUAAUUCAGAACAACAAAUAUUCAUGCCUGAUGGUGAAAACCCAACGCCUCCUUCUAGUCCAUGUGUUUCAUCCACAAAUCCAUCAUUUGAUGUCAGCUCCGCAUCAUUUUCACCUUUUAAUGAACAAGAUGUACUGAAAUUGAUAAAAAGCCUAAACCAAAUAUCUCAUAAUGCACCUAGUCAAGUAGCGCCGUCGUCAUCUUCGGAUCUGGUGUCCAGUGACUAUGCUCAAACUACACUUUUAGAUUCAACUAAGAUAGGAACUAAUAUAGAAAGGGAACAACAAAAGACUUCAGGCCCUGGAGAAGACACAACUCAAGACAUGGAACUAUUGAACUUGCCUGAGCCACGAUCUUUUGAUCAACACCAUUCUGAUAUUGACAUGAUGGAUAUCGAAAUGGUUCAGGAUGGAGGUACAAUCACUCCACAAGAAGCCUUUGAAAUUAACCAAUAA